CCUCUGUCUCUCCCAGGUCUCCAGUGCAAUGCCUCAAUAGACCUAAUCGGUACAUGCUGGCCCCGGAGUGCUGUGGGGCAGCUGGUGGUCCUCCCUUGCCCCGAAUACAUCAACGGAGUCCGAUACAACACCACAAACAACGGGUACAGAGAAUGCCUCACGAAUGGGAGCUGGGCAGCCCGCGUCAAUUAUUCCCAGUGCCAGGAGAUUCUCGACGAGGAGAGGAAGAGCAAACUGCAUUACCGCAUUGCUGUCAUCAUAAACUACCUGGGACACUGCGUCUCGCUAGGGGCCCUACUCCUUGCCUUUGUCCUCUUCAUGCGCUUGAGCCCAGAGUCCUGGUCAGAAAUCUGGAGUAGAUCUUCCCAGGACCUUCCUCUGUACUUCUGCCACUCAGAGCGAUAUGUUUCUUUCCUCGCAGGUAUCCCUUUUCCAAUCAUUAUUGCCUGGGCCCUGGGAAAGCUAUACUAUGACAAUGAGAAAUGCUGGUUCGGGAAGCAAGCAGGAGUCUAUACCGAUUACAUCUACCAAGGCCCCAUGAUCCUGGUGCUCCUGGUAAGAGCAGAUGUUCUUGCUCCCUUGGUGAUACCUUCACUCUUGAAAGCAGUGAAGGCCACGCUGGUCCUGCUGCCGCUGCUGGGCAUCACCUACAUGCUGUUCUUCGUGAAUCCGGGGGAAGACGAGAUCUCCCAGGUCGUUUUCAUCUACUUCAACUCCUUCCUGGAAUCUUUCCAGGGCUUCUUUGUCUCCGUCUUCUAUUGCUUCCUGAACAGCGAGGUCCGUUCCGCCGUGCGGAAGAGAUGGCACCGGUGGCAGGACAAGCACUCGAUCCGCGCCCGCGUGGCCAGAGCCAUGUCCAUCCCUACGUCGCCGACACGCGUCAGCUUCCACAGCAUCAAGCAGUCGACGGCUGUCUGAGCGGGGAGGAAGCCAUCGCGCGGGAGGGGAGCCAAGGUUUGCAGCAGAGCCGCCGCUACUUGCACUGCAGACUGAGCACGGCCUGUGGGCCCUGUACUUCCAGGACGGACCCCCAGCCCCACAAGCACAGCAGAGUCCCGGCGGGGGCAGGGACUGUCCGACACCAAAGAAACCCCUCGCCAGUGUCUGCCCUGGGAGACCAGAGCUCAGAGAAGCUCUUUCUUAUUCUCCCAAACCCUUGUGAGGCCAGAACCUCCCUGGCCCAGGACUGUGGGUCUGGGCAAUAUCUGGUGGCCCUGGCAAGGCCUACAGCAACUGAGGACAACGUUCCAGUCACCUUAUCCCAAGGCUGGCUGAGGGCAGAGCAAUUCCCCGAGUGAUGCCGGGUUUGCUGGAGAUACGGCAGAGUCCAGCGUCCGCCCCAGUCCUGACCUAGCAGCAGGUGUAGCGGAAACCCGUGUUCGUCCAGUGAGAGCCCCGGUCCGGCUAGCACUGGUCACAUGGAUGGGAUAUGACCUGUCUAUGUUCUUGCCUCUCUCCCCAUUCCCAUGGGUAUCUCUCGCUCUGGUUCAGCGGCUGCACGGCAGGUCUGCAUCCAAAGGCGUGGUGAAAGCCCUGUUUGUGGCACAUGGCGAUGGCCCCUCGGGAACGACCCUGUCCGAAGCCACUGCCACCCCACGGCCCUGCUAACCCGUUCUGGGGGGCAAGGCUGGUAAACGCUGCUUCCAGGCUCCUGCUGCCAGUGCAGAUGCCCUGAAGGACCUCUGCAAGCUGCGGUGUUGGGAAGGGAUGCCCUGAUGUGCGUUAACCCAGAGGACAGCCUGGCUGCUUGGGCCACGAACGCAGUUUGCUCGGUGCCAUUUCUGUGCUUUGCCUUAUGCCUCCGUUUUAUUCCGACCCUGCGAUGAUUCAUCCCCCCGCAUCCCCUCUGUCGCCCCGCACCAAGCGGGACACCUGGCGAGGUUACACGGCCUGCUGCAGCACUGGGGUCACCUUGCUGCCCCCGCCCCACCCACCCCAGCGUGCAGUGCCUGGCGAGGACCCGCGGCAGCCAGGCCCGCACGUAGUUGUGUGAAUUCAGCGUUUGUGAGCGUAACCUGAGUCUUCCUGGCAGCAUUCGCCCCAGGGACCGGCCCUCACGCUCACUCCUCUGGCGUUAGCCCAGCGCGCGAGUGGAACGCCCGCUGGACCCCACCGGGCCAGCCCACGCCAGCGGAAAGCCCCUCUUCACCCGCACUAAGGUGGAAAGAGCCAGCGCCCAUAGGGAACAUGGAGAUCAGAGCCCAGGGGAGGAAGUGGGUAAAUGAACACUAGAUCAGCAAUGCUAGCGGAGAUGCAGCAAGUGGGGUGGGGAGGAGAUUUUUCCUCCCAGAGCAGAGACCUGGCAUAAUAGGGCCAUGGGCUGGGUGCGAAGAAGAGGAAGGCAGCUCCCAUUGAAACACCAGGGAAAAUUGAAUGGGGGGGGGGGGUGUUGGCUUCUGCCCAUGGCAAGACAAGGAUUUGGAGGACACCUGGGUUCACACCCGGAUCCUUGGAAAGAGGGAGUCGAAAGCCCCACAAAAUCUUUUAACUUCUCCCAAAUCCACACGCACCCAUACACCCUCACACACAGACGCACUCUCCUACACACACAUACACACUCACAAUCAUGCAACUCACACACACAUAAAGCCCCUUGGUUUUAUGCUUCAUCCGACCACACGGCUUUGAUGUCUGUUUUUUCUAACGUAAGCAAAAUUUGGUCCAACUCUGCUGCAUUGUCUACAGGCCGCAAUUCCCGCAGGAGAGCCGUGGGGGGCCAUGGGGCUGAGCUACCCCAUGGUCUCAAGCUGCUCCUCCGGGCUUUGUUCCCGAAGGGUGUACAGCUGAGAUGGAGAACUACAGAAAGCACCGAGGAGAGACCGGUAGGGCAUGGGUGGCAUGUUCUGAAACCUGCAGUUUUACAAUCCAGCAACUUCCGCAUAUUUAUGCGUAUUCAUUCAGUAUGCAAAUGAGGAUAAUGAAUCAUUUGCAUAAACCCUCCAGAUUUCUGGAUCUUCGGCCUUGUAUGGGCCGGGUGGGUAGAGCUGUGUGGCAAACAUUCCUAGCUGCCCUGAACUGCUUUAGCUGAGAGCUAGGAAACAGAUCGUUUGUGGGCAAGGUUUGCUUGUGCCUUCUCGACAGAAAAAUUGCAGAUGACUAACAAAGAAAUGCAAAUCCUGCUUUUCUCAGCCUGUAAACUCAUGGCAGUGACAGUGGAGCUAGUCAGGAAUUCUUCAAUGAGCCGUUUUUUUCUCCCCAAAAUGUCCAUUUUUCUAAACUGCACGUUUUCUCAGGAACGGCUGAGUGACGACAAAUUCCUCAGCGGUUGAAAAGAAAGUUUCGAAGCGCCAAAAAGGUCCCGUUUUGAUGUUUUCUAAAUGGUUUUCCAAGUCCAAAAGACUUUUUGUUCAGAAAUUAAAGCUAAUUAGAGUAACGACAUUUUAAAAAAAAAUAUGGUUGAAAUUGA